AUGCUCUGUUUGGGAUGGAUAUUUCUCUGGCUUGUUGCAGGAGAGAGAAUUAAAGGAUUUAAUAUUUCAGAUUGCUCCACCAAAAAAAUUAUUUGGACAUAUUCUGCAAGGAGUGAGGAGGAGUUUAUCUUACUUUGUGAAUUACCAAAGCCACAGAAAUCCCAUUUCUAUGACAGAAAUCAACACUCACCAACCCAAGGUCCUGCAUACCUGCCCUGCAGUGAUAGUAACGACGUAUCUGACGUUCAGUGGUAUCUGCAACCUCAAAAUGGGGAUACAUUAAGGGAAAUUACUAAAAACUAUUCUCACAUCAUUCUGGACAAAAAUACCCUACGUUUUUUGACCAUGGAGAUGAACAAUGCUGGGUCCUAUAUUUGUAGACCCAGGAUUAGGAGACCCCAGGAUGAGGCCUGUUGUGUUAAGAUGGUCUUAGAAGUUAAGCCCAAGACAAACAUAUCCUGUGUGAAUCCUGUGCCACAUAAGAAAUACCUUCUUUUGGGUAGCACUGACUCCAUUUAUUGUCCCAGUCUCAGCUGCCAAAGUGAUGGACAGAGUCUAGAGAUGACCUGGUACCAGGCCUGUCGCUUCUCCUUCUCAUUUCCUUUUGGCCUAGUUCUCAUAGUGACUGGCACUUGUUGGCAUUCUGUGAGCCUAGCGACACGGAGAACUGUGAAAGACACUACUCUGAAACCAGACAUUCUGGAUCCCAUCAAGGACACAUUGGAAGUACAACUUGGAAAGCCUUUGACUCUUCAUUGCAAAGCACGAUUUGGGUUUGAAAAGAACUUUAGACCUGUGAUAAAAUGGUACAGCAAAGAUUCUAACCAGCAGUUGGAAAUCCCAAACACGCAGAAGGAAUGUGUUAAAUCCACCCCUCAGGAUGAAGUCAUUGAUUGUGUCCUCCGCUUCGAAAAAGUCACUCAGAGUGAUCUCCUCAAGACAUUCAUUUGCUUUGCCCAGAACUCCAUCGGGAACACUACCCAGUCCAUCCAACUGAAGGAAAAGAAAGGAGUGGUGUUCCUGUACAUCCUGCUUGGCACCGUCAUGGCACUGGCAGGAGCACUGACCACAAGUGCUCUCGUCUACAUGAACUGGAUUGAGAUAGUGCUGCUGUACCGAACCUACAAGAGGAAGGAUGAGACGCUCGGGGACAAAAAGGAAUUCGAUGCCUUCAUCUCCUAUGCGAAAUGGAGCUCUUUUGACAGUGAGGCCAGUUCAUCUCUGAGUGAGGCAACCUUUGCCCUGAAUCUAUUCCCUGAAGUUUUGGAAAACAAAUAUGGAUAUACCUUGUGUUUGUUUGAAAGAGAUGUGGCCCCAGGAGGAGUGUAUGCAGAAGACAUUGUAAGCAUUAUUAAGAAAAGCAGAAGAGGAAUAUUUAUCUUGAGCCCCAACUAUGUCAAUGGACCCAGUGUCUUUGAACUACAAGCAGCAGUGAAUCUUGCCUUGGAUGAUCAAACACUGAAACUCAUUUUAAUUAAGUUCUGUCCCUUCCAAGAGCCAGAGUCUCUACCUCAUCUUGUGAAAAAGGCUCUCCGGGUUUUGCCCACAGUGACUUGGAGAGGUUUAAAAUCAGUGCCUUCCAAUUCCAGGUUCUGGACUCAAAUGCGCUACCACAUGCCUGUGAAAAACUCUAAAGGAUCCACGUGAAGCCAUCUCAGAAUUAUCCCAAGAAGUUUUUCACUGGAAAGGACUCCAUAAAACAGAAACCACUGGGAGGAGCUCCCAGCUCAGGGAAUGGUGAAAUGGGCCCUGAACCACCUCCCCUCCAGCCCUUGGCGAGUGGGGAUGGUGAUGGACUGAACACACAGCAUGGACCGGGCUGAUAUAAAAUGGAGGGUGGCCUGCCAGCUCUGAGCAAGCUUGACAGGCACCGGUAUGACCGAAGCUGUGGUCAGAGCCUCUGAUUUCUUGGACUGGACAGAGGGAGAGUAAAUUCUCCAGAUACCAGCUCACAUUCAGCACACAGCACCCCGAAGAUUUUCCUAGCAGUAUGAGCAGAAUCAGUAGGUCUGGCCACUUUUGUUUUGUGGCUAUGGACUGUCAUGUCUA